UUUAAAACGACGUAAUUUUUCUAAAAAUAUUUUCUUUUUGGUGCAUAUCUGCAUAUGAAUUGAGCAAUUGAAUACACGACAAUAUUGUUUUGGAUGAGUAAUAUACGUGGAAUAUUCUUAAAGAACUAUAUAUUUGUAAAAAGUUGUCGUUUUUAUGAUACUAUGUGAUCUGUACUGGAUACAUACAUUCAACUAUUUACCCAAUGAAUGCCAAAAUGCUGCUGAAUUCGGGAUUAUGAACUGAUAUUACAAAGCAAGUUUAUAAAGAUUUAAUGGUGCUGUUGAUAGCUGUGGUACAGUUGUAGACGUUGUAAUUUUUUAGAAUUUUAUAUAUUCAGGAAAUAUCGUUUAAAAUAUUGAUUGAAAAGUUUAAAAAUAUGGCGCAUCCUGCCUCGGGUAGAAAAUGUACGGAGCGUAUUAAUUUUGGCAAAUGUGUUGAAGGCAUACCUAAUGGCACAAGUGCAAGCAGAAUUCUCCAUGAAAUCACACGAAGGUAGGUGAUGUAAUGACUUUAAAUAUCAGGAGAGUUGGUUGAUGUAAGAUUGAAGUUUAACCCUUUAAGUGGCAAUGCACUCUGAUGAGCCUUACUUUAUUAUUUUACUCAGUCUAACGCCAGACGAUUUUAAUCGUUGAGGUAAAAGUGCUGCCACUUGAUGGGUUAAAAUGGGGAGAAUGUUGUUAAAAUACAAGCCUAUAAUUGUCAGCGAUAUUAUUCUGUUUUUUACAAAAUCAUGUGCAAUUAAUGUACGUAGGUCUUACCAUAUGUUUUUAGAAUUGUCAACAAUAAUUAUGUUAAUUAUGUAUGUCAUCAGAAGAAAACAAAAUGUGUCAGAAGUAGCAAUUAUGAAAUUGAAAAACAUUGUUUUUGUUUUAAUUUUAUUUUUACUACCACUUGUUGAGUUACAGUAUUAAUUGAUAUGUGUAAAUAAAUCUGAUGGCCUAUAUGUAGGGAUUAUUUGGACACACUGGUCAAUGAUGAUUUUGAGUAUUUAACAUGCAAAAACCUUGGAUUCCUGGGGGAAUGCCCCUCUACUCAUGAUUUUUAAAGUGUGUCAAAUUCUCAACAAUUGGUUUUACACAUAUCACAAAUGGAGAUUAUUCUACUGACUCCGAUUGUCUACAGAUAAUGCAAAAAUCUGCCCGAUUGAUUAUCGGUCAAUCACUAUAAUUGUGAAAGAAAUUUUUUUCAUAGCAACCAUGGAAUUUCUUUGUGCAGAUACAUGUACGCCUAGCGUACCUAUUUUGUAACUGUUAUUGCUAGCGGUAGUGGAAGUCAAAUCGUAACCUCUCUAUUACUGUUUUGAAGACGUCAAGCUUUAGAAGAUGUACUCAAGUAUCCAGAUACAUCAACAAGUACAGUUAUGAACUCUCUACAUGAGUAUCUUGUCAUGCCAAUAAGGGAUGUUUUAAGCGAGGUUCGUAAAUUCUGCCAAAGGUUGAACUGCCGUAGAUAAAAACGUCUAUUCUCAUGCAAUAUUUCAGUGUCUAUAGAAGAAGCAUGUGAAGAGUUUAAUACACCUUUCUGGAAAGCAGGUUACUUUGGCUUUAGAGCCUCAUUUUCAUGUACAUCACAUAUAAUUAAAUUAAAGCAUAAUGUGCCAAUCACGAAAACAAGGCUCUAUAGCCAAGAUGACGUACUUUACGGAAGCUUGUAUUAGCUCAGCCAAUAAACAUGAGGCUAGUUAAAUGUGAUUGGUUGAUCAGAUUAAAACCUGUCAAAUGUUCUUUGUAAAUCUGUGAAAUUUUGUGUAAGAAUAAACAAUGCUUUGAUCUACAAUUGUUCAUCCUUAGACAUAUUAACCCAUUAAGUUGCAUUGUGCCCAAAUGCGACUUACUUUAUAAUUCUACUCUGUCUAACAUUAGAUGAUUUUACUCUGUCUAAUGCCAGGUGAUUUUGCUCUGUCUAAUGCCAGACAAUUUUACUUGUCAAGCGGAGAGCAUUGGUGCUCAAUGAGUUAACCAAACUAUCUGCUUGUGUGUGGUUAACUAAGGUAUCUAUAGUUUAGGUAUCUAUCAUUUAUUUUUAUAGGCCAGACGACCAUUGAAGCUCAAGUAAGUUUGCAAAAUGAUUUGCUAGAAGUAUUUUUCAACAUCACUAUGUGUGAACAGAAAAUGGUGUCAGAUGCUCAGUAGUGGUUAGUGCAUGUUCCUUUGCAAUUAACCAGGAUUAAAUUCCAGCAAUAUUCAGUUAUCUGUUUAUAAUAUUAUCCCAUGUGAGAACAGUGCUUCCAGUAUGACUCUACGGUACCAAACAUUGCUGGUUUUCUCCGGAUACUUUGUUUUCCUCCUCUAGUAACACUGGACCAAUCAGAGAUCCCUGACCGAACAGUUUAGACAACAACAGUUUACAUUUAAUUGAGCUAUCCAGUACAAAUAAAGUUAGUUUACUUUAUGUAUAAACAGUAUUGUGAUUUGCAAAUGAAUUAACAAAAUGUAGAUUUAAGUGGACAAAUUUUACAAAUCCUGAAGAGGAGCAAAGUGUGAGCAAAGAUUCUGAUGUCGAUCAAGUGGCGUUCCUUGUUGCUGUAUCACUCUGGCUUGUGGAGCAUGCUCAUAUGGUAACUUCCUUUUGCAAGUAUUUUUAUUUUUUCUCCUUUGUUAGUAGCCUGUGUAGCAGGUGCUACUAGGGGGAGGGUGGGAGAAACUAGAGGGGGAAGGCGAAGGCAACUGGCAAGAGAGCGAGGAAAAAUGGGAGGGGCGACGCCCCUCACAAUUUUCCUCGCCCUUUUUCUCUUACCUUUGCCUUCCCCCUAGUUUCUCCCACCCUUGCCCUCCCCCUAAUAGCGCCUGCUACACAGGCUACUUUGUUGUCAGAAGACUUUAACAUUUGUAACUACCCUAGGUGUUUCCAUUGUAUCCUCAAGAAGAUGACCUGAAUGAAGAUAAGAUGAAGGUAAUGCUUCUGUGCCAUGCUUCUGCCAUCUUCCUACCAUCGUUACCAGUUUAUUUUAUAUGGUACCAGGUGUCCCCAAAAAAACUGGCCACUUUUUGAUUUCAUGUAACACAAAAGCUAUAAAAGCUAUCGCAAUGAAAUAAAGAUCAUUGCAUUGAGAAAUGACUAACUUGAAAAUAUUGAGCGAGAUACGACCAAAAUAAAAAUAUUUAUAAUAUUAUUUAAUAUUUGGCAUUUUCAAAAACAGUAUUUCAACAUUCAAACAUCAAUAGCGCAGUCAAUAUUGCAUGUAAAUUCAAGUGCUAUAUAUCAAAAUCUAAGUUCGUCCUUUCUGAAUACAAUGAUCUUUAUUUCAUUGCGAUAGCUUUUAUAGCUUUUACGUUACAUGGAAUCAAACAGUGUCCAGUUUGUUUUUUGGGACACCAGGUAGAUAAGUGAAUGUUGUUAUAGAUUUCUUCUACAUUGACAUUGCCUCUGACUGUUAACUGUUGCUUUUCAGGAUGCACUUAACUCUCUCAAAUUAGCUGCUGGCAUUUGUGAAUGUGUAGAACAACGACCAAAAUCUGAUUAUCUGGAUUUAACAGGUGACGAUUUAAGGCCCAUUUCCACUCAGGAGAAUUUUCCGCAGACAGAAAGAAAAUGUUGUAAAACGUGAUUGGCUGACACAAAUUUUCCGUCGGAAAAACAUUUUGAAGUUGAAAAUUUUCAACUUUUAACAAUGAUAUUUUCGGAAAAUAUUCUGUCCGUGGAAAUUUUUCUUGAGUGGAAUUGGGACUUUACAAGUUGUUAAGAGCACAGGCAGAUUUUCUGAUAACGUCGAUUCAAUGUCGUGAAUGACUUGAACGUGGCCCCCAAACUAAUUCCCAGAUCGAUCAGUACUAGAAUUACCAGUCAGUAUGGACCCACAGCCGGCAAAUAACAUAAUAUAUAUCUUUCUUUCCUUCAGUUCCUGUGAACCAGGCUUUGAGACAUCAGUGCUUGGCUGAGGCGCAGGUGUGUAUGGUCUCCCAGUGGUAAAAACCACAAAUGCAAGCUUAAACUAUGUCUAUAAGAGCACAGUGGCGUAUUAGGGAGAAAGAGGAGGCCCUUAGGCAUAUUUGGUAUGGGGGCCCCUGUUGACUGUUCUCAUUGUUUGACUGAGAUAUUAUAUUUAUAUUGAAUAUUCAUAGAAUGUUCUGGAAAAUUUUGUGUCUAUAACAAAUACAAUAACAGUCUCCAACACAUGUAAUAACUUUUAAGAAUAAGUUUUGUUUUACUUGAGAUCGAAUUAAAAAAUCAGCUACCGUCGUCGAUGGAGGCUUUAUUAUUUAGCAUUAUUAAUUUUGCAUUCUCCCAUUGAUUCUUCACCUGCAUCUUUUACAUUUUCUAAUUUUCUGGCCGAUGGGCCGUCGCUGACUGUAUGGCCGCCCUUGAACUAACCCUAACCAAUGAGCAUUACGCCACUGUUAGAGAGCGGUAAAAACUAGUGUUUGAAAAUUGUAUGUUCUAGAUGGUAACAAUCAACCGUGCAGUGAACAAAGGCAACAAGCCAGCAUUGAUCAGUCAACUUGCGCAUGAGGUGGCAAAUAAAUGCAUCUCCGCCUCCACUAUCUUACAGGUAAAUUUUGACAGUUUGGUCGAAGCCAUUGAGCUAGAAGUAACCUUAUUUCUGCCAAAGUCGCGCGUGUUCUUCCUAGAGCUAAAAAGCGUUGUUAGCGCAAGUGCCAUUUACUCCUAAUGUUGAAUUUUGACCAUGGCCAGAUUUUGGUGGAAAUAGUUGGAGAGGUGGAAAAAAUUUUAGAGGAGGUACAGCGGUCUAGCUCACGACCCCCAUGGAAAGUUAGGGCUUAGAACGGGCCAAAGUCAACGACGUGACGUACGUAAUUAUGACUGUACAACAUUGCAUUAGAAGGGUACUUGACACAAAGAUAAAUGGCUAUCACUGUUUCAAUUUUACAGAGACUAUGCAACCAAAAAAUGUCAAAUUUUUAUUUUGAUCUAUCAUUGAAACUUUCCCAAGGGGAGGCGCAUGACUUUUUAGAGGAGGUGCAAAAAUUCUCAGGGGAAGUGCAAAACGAUCUCAGGGGAGGUGCGCACCUCCACACACCUCCCCUCAAAAUCAGGCCUUGACUACUACCAUUCUUUGAAAUAAUUGAACAAUAUAAAGAGUUUUUGAAAAGAUGGAAAUGUCGAACGAAAACUGUAUACAUACUAUUUUAUAGAAAUGCGGAAAGGCUGUUGAGAAAUGGAGACUUUUUCUAAUGUUCAAAGGUAACAUCUGUUUUGAAGACUUCCAUACCUUAUUGUAAUAACUUUGUUAUGUUCACAAUUAUUGAAAUAAUUGUUAAAUGAAAUGUUUUCAAUUUAGGUGAACUAUAUUUUGCCGUGGCAAGGUGUUUCCAAGGCGUAUCAUUCCUUGAAGAAAACGAACAGUACGUAUAGUGCGAAUUAUUCAAUGAUAUGCACGCUAUAACAAGUCUCAGUGAGUUUUUCUUCUAUUUCUGUUUUCAGAUCUGGCAUGUCUGUUAUCGUACUAACCAUAGCUUCAAAACACAUUACUGCCUGUCUUCAUCUCGCCAAGGUACAAGGGCGGAUUUUCAUUUUUUGAAAGGAGGGGUGGAAAAAUUUCCACUGAGCGAGCUUUUGGCAGGGGUUAGGCGGAAGGGUUAUAUAUAUAUACUGUCGAUUUCAGGUAACUUUUCAACACGCUGUUCCCAAGUUCGAUGCGAACUUGCCAAUUACGUUGAAUUACUGUAUAAGGUCCCAUGCACAUAUUAUUGCAGUAAAAUAUUGGUCCAGUGGUCUCCCAAGACGAAAAAUGCCUUUUUAAAUAAAUUUAUAAAUGAAAUUUGUACAUUUGUUUACAAUCGAAGUUCGAACUUUGAAAUGAACUUGCGAACUUCGUUGCGAAGUUCCCGCCCAACUUCCGAAUUUGGAAACGUAAUUGGCAAGUUGACAACAAACUUGGGAACCGCGCUUUGAAAAGUAAUCUGAAAUCGACAAUAAAGACUUUCACACAAAAUAGGAGAGGUGAAGCGAAAUUUUGGUGGGGUUGAACACUUUAUAAGAGGGGUUAGAGAGAUUCUAGGGGGGGGGGGAGGCACCCAUGCCAAGGUAAUGACACUUUCUGACUUUCGUAGCUUUAAGCCCUGAUCAACUGACACGCUUUAUAAAUUGAGAAGGGGCAAAACGACCCCAAAAGAGUCGUUCUGUGGUCAAAAUUCGACCUACAGAAUUCUUUUGGGGGUCAUUUUGGCUCGUGUACAUACUUUUCCAUCCAUUUUCUAAUGAUUUAUUUUCUUUCAUUUUUCCAGGAGUACGUCAAAUUAAAACCAAAGGCAAAACAUCCACUUACGGAGUGCAGUGACUUUAUCUGGUAAGAUAUCUUACUAGACGUCCUACAAUCGCUUAUAUUUCUUCAAACGCGAUGUUUAGUACAAUACCACAGACCUUCGUGGUUUGAUUCUGAAGCACUUGAAAAUAAUUGAAAACACUUUGAGGUUUCAGACGAAGUCCUUCUGUCAGAGCCAGACGAGUAAGUGGUGACUUAUAUAUUGAGCUUAUUUUACUUAUUCUUACCGUUUAGGGUGGCGAAAUUGGUCACACUUAAAUUGGAAAAAAGUAAUCGUGAGAACUCCAUGAUUUACCAUCAACGGAUUCCUGAGGUAAAUUUUAACUCCUAUUUUACGCAAAGUAUGUGAUGGGUUGAUUGGUUGAACCAUAGACCAUCCAGGACCAGAAGACAGUCUAUGUAUAGUUCAACCCAUCAUAUGCUUGUCUUGUAUGGUUGAACCUCUAGGGAGAACAGUUUAACAUUGAUAGAGCCAUCUGUCUAUAAAUAAUGUCAAUUUAAUUUAGCGUUCCUCCUAUAUAGUAACACCGGAGCAAUAUUUAACAAUUAUUCGCCGAAGGCGAGGUGAUUAUCGGUGAAUAAAAACUGAGAUGAAGUCGAGGGUGAUUAUGUGGAAAAAAAUAAAAAAUACACAUUUCUUCGUCAUUGAAUUGACAAAACGGCUUCGGCCGCCAUUUCGAAAAUCGCGUAGGUGAUUAUCGCGUUAUAAUCACCUCAACGACAACCAAUCUGCGUUGAGAAUUUUCAAUAAUCACCUCUAUGUAAUUAUACUAACAAAGGAUAUAAAGUUUAAACCCUUACUGCACCUCGAAGAAGAACAGUUUAAAACUAAUCCUGUGUAAAUAAACAUCUAUAUGUUUUAUAUUCAGGAGGCUCCUUCACUGGAUGAACCGAAGUGCUUGGUGGCGAGCACUGCUUUUAAUUUUCCACUUCCAGACUCGUCAGGGUAAGUGGAAUAAAAAUUUCCUGAAUUUGCAGUCACAUGCAGACAACACUACUAUCAUCAUAUCUUAGAAUACAUUGAUAUCGAAGGAACUAGACUCAGUUCCGAAAUAUCACCAACUCGAACCGACUUGACCUUGUAGAUCAGUUGGACAGGUAUCCCAAAGGUCGCGGGUUCGAUUCCCAUCGUGGUCAGGCAAACUUUUCAGCUUGCUCGGUGUGGAUGCACACUCAGAGUAACAUCACAAACAUCAUAUUCACCUGAGUACAUUACACCAACACACACAAAAAUCAACUACGAUUUAAAGUCACAUGCAAACUACACGACUAUUAGGGCAGCGAAACACCUACGAUUUAACGUCAUUAUCCGAGAAGACGCACACAUCUAACCACUUACUGAUGUCAAUGUAAAGGUAGCUCUUUUUCCUCAAUUAUUUUAAGACCUUGAGUAGAGGUCCGACCAAGGAUUGAACCCAGGUUUCCCAGCUUGAAAUGCAAGUGUAGUGACCACAACAGCACAUUAACAAUAGGGAGGGUGGGUAAAUGUAUUAUAC